GUGCCGUUGUCACGGCAACAACCGCCGUUCCCUGAAGCCGCAUCCCCCGGCGAUAACGCCCUGGCGCCCGCCGCCGGUCACGCGGAAGUCGCGUGACGGGCGAACCCGACGGCGCGCGGGCCGCGUGCGAGGCGAGCACGCAUGUGCCGGCCCCGCGCGCGAGAAAGAGACGGCGGCGCGCGCGGCGGGGCGCGCCUUCGGCGGCCGGGAGCGACGGGCGGAGGGAGCGGCGCGCGACGCCCGCGGGACGCCGCGCGAGGCCCAGGGGACGCCGCGGAGCCAUGGCGGUGACUAUCCUUGCGACUCUCUCCCGACUGCUUGCGUGAUUUCCGCCCUUUCGUUCCGUCCUAUCCCGUUUUUCACUUGUGAUAAUAAAAUCUGUGUCGGGUGUACGGCAUUUGACCUCGUUUGUCUCUUAAUCUCGUUCUUGGGAUCGUAUCGAAACCUCCCCCCCCCCCCCCCCCCCCCGGACAUGUGAUCAUUAGAUCGGAACGUUUAGUUGGCGUCACGGAGAGGAUCCCUCGAGACGAGAGUGCCGUGUUGUUGCCCAAAUACGUGAGACCUCUCGGGAACGUAAGGGGUGCGGGCUUGUGUCAUGUUUAAAGACUGACGUGCUGCCUUCCUGAGACGGCCGCUUCCCUGCUUUGUAUAUGAUGGGUGACAGUAAAACUGCCCCUUUGGGGAAACAAGUUCUGCUUGAUUUUUUUUUUAGAAAACGGUAACGCCAGGCCUUUUGUGCCCGGGGCAGGCUGGGCUCAGGGACAUCGGUAUAAUUUGCAGUGUGUGGUUGAUCGAAUGCGUGCCUUGCAGAAGGAUGUGAAAGUAAAAUCAGGAGAGGGAAAAUCGGUUGUUUGUACCCGUCAUGGUGCCAGUUUGGCCGCUGCUGUAGGGGCUAAGGAGAGUGGCCGCGUUGUGGAAUCCCAACCUACUGAACCCCACCAAAACCUCAUUCUGUCCCUUCAGGGACAAGCGGCAGACUUAAAAGCAACAAUUCGAAGGAGAAAGCCAGUUGAAACAUCGGCAGACUGCUCUUAAAUAUCAGUUCCUUCCAGGUGAAGACCCUGAAGCUUGCCUGGAAGAACAUGUGAAGCUGUUGAUUGCCUUUGUGGUUUUGUUGGUGAUUGCACUUUGUUAAUAUUUAUAGGAUGUGUGGUAUACCACAGCAGACAUGUUUUGGUCAACCAUUGUCGUUGCCUUUAGUAUCUGGGGAAGCUUCUGCACUCCCCUUUUUGACUUGUCUUGGCAAAACGAAUUUGUUGUUUUAGGCCAACAAGUAGCCAAUACUUUUAAUCUUACUAAUUGUUGGGUAUGUGGUGGACCCUUAGGUUUAGAAAGCUGGCCAUGGACUGCUGUCCCUAUUUCUCCUGAAUGGCUGGUGAGCAAUUACAGUGAGGUCGAAAACGAUACUUAUUGGGAGGAAAGUGUGCCAUCACCCUGGCCAGUGCGAUACCCAGCUCAGGGCAAAUACUGUCUGAACCGGACACAGGAGGGUGGUAUAUUUGUGGGAAAUAGUAGAUGCGUGUGGACCUAUACAUAUGGAAACCAUUGCCUCACUGAUGGCUGUAAGCCUAUCAAUUGCUCCCAACCCAGGAAUGAGUCACCAUUACCAGGGCCACAGGAAUAUUGUACAUUGCUUGACUCCCACGAUGAAUCUUUUGUGCCUCGUUGGUUGGGCUGGGCCUGGGUAAAUCAAACAGGGCACAGGAAACAGUUUUCCAAUUUCUGGUCUUCCACUAAUCAGACUAAUAACCACCUCAAUGUUGCCUGCUCUUGGCACCACGGUUUUGGCGCCUGGGAAUGUAAAUUUACUGAUAAGACAUAUUCUCAACUCCCUGACGGGACCCAGAUUUGGUGGUCAUAUGAUAAUAAAGACUGUCAGGGAAACUUGAUCACAUUGCCAGAUGGGCUUCCCCUCUGUUGGGGCUCCACAGAGGAGGUCACAAAAACCGUAGAUAGGCUGUUGAUGAACGGCCCGUCAAACCAUCCUCUAGGAGUCAACAAUUCAACUUACUUCCAAAUUCCAUGGACACCCACCGGUUUGUUUGAAAAUGGUACCCGAGCCUUAAAGGGUCACUACUGGGUGUGUGGCCAACAUGCCUACAAACUGUUACCAGCAAAUUGGACCGGAGUGUGUUAUGUGGGGGUAAUCCGCCCCUUGUUUUUCUUGCUCCCGGAGGAUGAAGGUGACGGAUUGGGUGUUAAGGUGUACAAUGAUCUUAAUCGAUAUCGGCGGUCCAUUGAUACCUCUGUAGUGGGUGGAAAUGGCCAAUCUUGGGGCAAAGAUGAGUGGACCCCUCAACGUAUUAUACAACAUUAUGGGCCUGCCACCUGGAACCUGAAUGAGUGGGUUCGCAGUGCUCGAGAACCCAUCUAUAAUUUAAAUUGCAUUAUCCGGUUACAAGCUGCCUUAGAGAUCAUUACUAAUGGGACAGCCCGUGCCCUUGAUCUGUUGGCAGACCAAGCCACACAAAUGCGAGCAGCGAUAUUCCAGCAUCGUAUGGUUCUCGAUUACCUGCGAGCUGAAGAAGGGGGUGUUUGUGGUAAGCUAAAUGACUCUAACUGUUGUUUAAGAAUCGAUGACAGUGGUAAAAUUGUUAAGCAAAUUACUGCAGGGAUACGGAAGCUGGCCCAUGUCCCUGUCCAGACAGGGAAAGGCUGGGAUGUUGACAUAUUUUCCUGGCUCCCUGGUGGCCCAUGGGUUAAGCGAGUUCUAUUUUAUUUGUUAUGUGGUUUUGCAAUGUUAACGUUUUUACCAUGUAUUCUCCUGUGUUUUACACAACUGAUUCAACGUGUUGUAACUAACAUGGAAUUUGUACCUACUGUUUCACCUGAAGGUGUUAAACAAAUCCGUGCUGUACACCGAUCCAUGCCAUCAGCAGUACGAAUUGUAUGAAAUGCUCUUUUCUGGCCUUUUCUAGACAACCGUCUUCUCUCAGAGCCACCGUGGGUCCUGAAACAAUCUUUGAGCCACAGGGUGGUGUAAGAGACUGAACUGUGAACUAUUUGACUCAAAGAUUGCCUGCCUACAAGGACGGCUGCAAGGUCACGGAGGCAUCCAGCUUAUGAAAAACAUCCUGCCGUGUCACACGAUAGUCGCGUGUAUGCACGUGCAGGAUUGCGGAGACGUGCAGCCCUUGAAAUAACGUACCACUUCAUAUAUAAUAAUAACGCGAAAUAACGCGUAGGCCCUGUGAUAGACGAAGCCGAAAGCGCAUGAACAGCAUAUGAGACGUAGGCGCAUGUGCCGAACUGUGAUCUGUGAAAAGACCGUGGAAGCGAGCCGCGGUGUGCACCCACCAAUGAAGAACUGCAAACUGAGGACCCACGGGACGCCGUGGAGCCAUGGUGGUGACUAUUCUUGCAACUCUAUCCCGACUGCUUGCUUGAUUUCUGCCUUUUUGUUCCAUUCUAUCGCCUCUAUUUUUCACUUUUGAUAAUAAAAGCUGUUUUGGGUU